GUUCUCGAGUUUGUUACGAGUCAGUUACGACGAGUCAGACAUUCACCUCCACCACCACCACCCUCUUCCUCUUGCUUCUGCAAACCCAUUCUAGGGUUUCCAAAAUCAAAACAUCGUUGUAGUUUCUCAUCAAACGACGUCGUACAGUGCGACGUGACAAGAGUUGGAAUAAUUUCAUUCCUAGGUUUUCAUGUCCUUCGUAGCUUUCAUGUCUUGUGAAUGGACUCAACCCAAUACUUCCUUGUAGCCGCGACAGUCACCGCGCUCUGUUUUCUACUCGCGCUCCACGCCGUCCGAUCAAUAGCCUUCUCCAGGGCCCCCAAAUCGGAAGGGGGAGACUUCGCCACGUCGGCAGCGAAGAGGGUUUGUAAUUGCGUUUGCUCGUGUAACGGUGGGUUUGCGGACGGGGAUAUGGUGGUUGGUGCGGCAGCGGCAGCGGAGCGGGUGACGGGCGCGUCGAUGAUGGAGCAGCUGGUGCCGGAGAUUACUACGCACGCGCUCAGCUACUUGGACUAUCCGAGCCUGUGCCGCUUGUCCAUGACCAACUCGCUCAUGCGCAAGGCUGCCAACGACGACAAUGCGUGGAAAGCGCUCUAUCACAAGGACUUCACAUUGGAACAGGAUAGUGUGACACCAGCCAAUGGUUGGAAGGCUUACUAUGCGGCUACAAGAGCCAUUGUGAAUAUUAAUGCUGAAUUCUUUAACAUCAUCAAAGAAAGGUCUAUUCAAGCAAUGAGUCACUUUUGGCGCAAUGCAGAUUAUGUAAAGUGUGUUCAUGCCUCAGGAGAACUCUUUUCAGGGUAUAAUGCUGUAGUACAGAGUUGGCAGCUUGCAUUUAAUUGGGAGCAUGGGGUCAACUUUCAAGUUCGAGAUGUACGGGCUCGUGUUCUGACAGACAUGGCUUGGGUUACCAUGAAAACCUUUGUCGACAUCGAUUCGGGGCCAUUCAACGUAACUAAUAUCUAUGAGUUCCAUAAUGGGCGGUGGUAUAUGGUGCAUCAUCACAGCUCUGUCAUGCUAAUGGAUGCGGAGGUGGAGCAACAACUUGUGCAUGCAUAAUAGAAGAAGAAGAAGAGAUGAUACCAAUGAGAUAUUAAAUACUAGUCACAAAAAAAUAGUGGUAUUUAUUAGUUGGAACAACUUGCUUGAAAUUUCACUGUGAUUUCUUCGGAUUAUCCUUUUUAGUUUUGCCAACCCCCAGUUUUGAUUGUUUUGUGGUAAAAGGUCGCCCUCUCCCUUUUUGCCUUC